AUGCAUAAUGAAACAUCUGACUUUCUUCUCUUGGAUUUCUCAAAGGGUUGGGAGCUACAGAUUAGGCACGCAGCUUUAUUACUUAUAAUGUAUUUAAUGACAGUAACAGGGAACCUUCUCAUCAUCUCUGCUAUUAUUUCUGACCACCAUCUUCACACCCCCAUGUACUUCUUCCUGAUGAACUUAGCAAUGCAAGACAUUGGUUCUGUUUCCAUCAUUCUCCCCAAAGCUGUUUUUAAUUCUCUUAUGAAUAUGAGGACAAUUUCUUAUUCUGGUUGUAUUGCUCAAGUCCUGCUGUUUGUCCUUUUCCUGGAUUCUGAUAUUCCUCUCCUGACUGUCAUGCCCUAUGAUCGGUAUGUUGCCAUUUGUAAUCCUUUACAAUAUGAAGUGAUAAUGAACAGAAAGUCCUGUACCAAAAUGGUUGGCAGUCUGUGGAUUGCUUGUUUCCUCAAUGCUUCCUUACACACUAUUGUCACUUUUAUUACUCCUUUCUGCUCCUAUAUUAUCAACCAGUUCUUCUGUGAAAUCCCACAUUUACUUAAGAUUGCCUGUUCUGGUUCAUAUCUAACUGAGAUGGGAGUUCUGAUCAUCAGUGCUAUAUUAGGGUUUGGUUGCUUUGCCUUUGUCAUUGUCACUUAUGUGCACGUCUUCUCUGCUGUACUGAAAAUCCCUUCGGUCCAAGGAAGGAAAAUGGCCUCCUCUACUUGUCUACCACACCUCAUUGUCUUCUCCCUAUUCAUGUUUACUGGUUGCUUUGCUUACCUAAAGCCCAUAUCUGACGGUCCAUCACACCUUGACUUCAUGAUAACAAUAUUGUAUUCCAUUCUUCCACCUAUGUUGAAUCCAUUAAUCUACAGCAUGAGAAACAAAGACAUCAAAACUUCUAUUUCAUGA